AUGGCAAAGAACCUGGACAUGUUCUCUUCAUUACCAGAAUCCCUUCAUAUCUCCAUCAUCUCCUUGCUUCCCUACAAAGAAGCGGCAAGGACUUCCAUCCUCUCCAAACAGUGGUUUGAAACAUGGCGUAAGACAAAGAUGAUUGAUGUGGAGUUCGACGAACUCUUCUUCGAUAAACCCGAUGAGUUCGAUGAAUCCGAUGAAUCCAAAAAAGCUCAUAGAAGGGGUUUCCUCAACUUUAUCACUCGCGGGAUCUCACACAAUAGAAACCAAUUUGUGGACACGUUCUCUCUCAAGGUUUCUCACCCUGAGAGUUGCCCUGAAAUCAUAGAGCAUUGUUUUGCUUUUGCGACACAACGUGGGGUGAAAGAUUUGAGGCUUGAUUUCUCUGAUCCAAACUGGAAAGAGAACACCAUGGAUGAGCAUAUUGCUUUGAUGCAAUUGCCACAACAUGUCUAUGACCUUGGGUCAUUGCUUGAGUCCUUGAAACUAUACUCAUGCGGUUUUUCCAUGCCUCAUAUGCUUCAGUUUCGGUCGCUAAAGGAGAUUUCCUUGGGCUGGAUUAAAAUUAGUGAAACCACUCUUCAAACUUUGCUUUACAGUUGUAAGACUCUUCAGAACUUAAGCUUGAAGAAGUGUGGGGAAUUAGAAAGCUUUAACAUGGGAGAUGAAAUGAUUGGAUUGAAAAGGUUAGUGAUUGACAAGUGUCAAUUUGAGUAUACAGACAUCUUUUUCGAUGCUCCAAAUCUUGAGUUCUUCAAGUACUCUGGAGGUGUAUGGAAUUCAGAUAUCAACAUAAAACGAGAGGUCAUGGAAGAGGUAGAAAUAGAUUUCCCUUAUGAGUUUGAGCCUAAUUUCAAUGAAUAUGCUGAUGAACUCUACACCAUAUUGAGCGAUUUCUACCCUGUCCGAGUGUUAACUGUGUGUAGUGUCUUACUUCAGGCUAUUCCAUUUGGAGAAGAUAAAAUACGGCAUGGCUUGAAUGUGAGGCAUUUGAUCUUGAAGACUCAAAUGCAUCCUAAUGAAUUAUACGGUUUUACAUUCCUUUUGGAAAGUUGCCCUUGGUUGGAGAAGCUCACACUGGAGAUAGGCCCGCGAGUAAUAUACAAUGAUUAUGAACCUCCUCACAAUAUUGACCUUCAAAAAUUCUGGGAAAGGCCUAUGUUGAAAACGCCUGAAUGUUUGGCAAAAACUUUAGAGGUUGUGGAGAUCAAAGGUUGUACGGGAAGUUUGGAUGAAUUUAAGGCUUGCUUUUAUUUGAUCGAACUUGGAAGUUCUUUGAAAGAGAUGAAUAUCUAUAUGAGGAAGGAUGAAAAUGAGGAAAUACGACGUGGAAUUAUGGCAAAUUUUGUACCUGGCUUUCCAUGGGCUUCAAAGGAUUUAGAUAUAUUAAUUGCUUGA